GUGCGUUUUAUUUUGAAAGGCUUUGGGAAAAGUGGCAUUUUCAAUCCGACUGACUUGACGGCGUUGAAGGAGCCAAAUGCGCGUGAAAGUUGCCCGCUCCUCCCACCUCCAUGAGGCUGAUUUGGCUCCAGAUAUAAACACAGAGUUUCUAUCUACGAGCUACGCUUCUCCCCGCUCUCACCUUCCUCACAACCCAGCAGUUCGCUCCAAGAGGCCGAAAAGGAGAGAAUUACGCAGGAGGGGACGGUCUUUUCCACAUUCAACAGGAUGGAGAAUUCUCCAUCCAAGCCGUCGGUGGCUGAGCUGGCCGGAAAGUUCAAAGGUCAUAUUCUUCCAAUACCCAACUCAAAUGGCGAGCCUCGAAGACGACCUCCGUGUUCCCUGAAGUUGCGAAAUCAAACGGAUGAUAACGACGAGUCAGAUAAAUCUGCUGUUCCACCAAAUCCCAUUAAAGUCAAGCUGAAGAACUCUGCCGUCAUUGAGAAACUGCAGGCCAACCUCGCUCUGUCACCCACUGCUCUGCUGCCUUCACCAAAGACUCCAGAGGUGAAACUGCCACAGGCACCGCUGUCCCCCACCAUGCCCUGCAGCCGCCUGAGCCCUCUGACUCCCACCCUGCAACCCUCGCAUCAAUCCAGUGAAGAGGAGGAACCCAUCAGCUUCGACAGCCCUCCUGAAGGGACCCCAUUGCCAAGCAUCAACAAGACCCGCGCACGACUGUCAUUUAAAAGGCGACUGCCCACAAGACAGCACAGGAGAUCAGCUGGAGAGGAGGCGGAAGGCUUCGGGAGUGGACUGUCCCCAUGUGAACUGUGCAGCCCAAAAGAAAAUGGGGUCAAGAACCAGGUUUUGGACAGCCCAUCAGAGGAAGCUGAAUGUAGUCUUAAAGAAGCUGAAAACAAGGAAGGGGACUGUGAAACUGCAAACGCUGAAAUGACAAAAAGCGACCACGACAACAGGGAAGACAUGGAGCAUGAAGCAGAACAAGACCGAAGCUCUGAUGCUUCGAAGGAGGAACAGCAGGCUUCAGAGCCUGCCGAGCAGAAAGAAGGUGACAUUAGGGCAGAAGAAAGGCAGGGAGAGACACCUCAGGAGGCAGAUGGAGGGAAGUGAGAGGGUGUGAAUGUUUACAUGAAAAAUACCAAAUAUAUGAAUAAGUUAUUCAGUGCUUUUCUGAGAAACUGUUAGAGAAAUACUCCUCCUUAAGAGUUAUUUUAUUCAGGUUUUAUCUCUUUAUAUCAGCUCUUAAGUCCCUCUGUCGCCUACUACUGGCUGAUAAGUUAAAAAACAAAACAAAACACUGGAGAGUCAUGAGAAGCAGCUGCUUGUGCACAUGGAAAUGAGUAUGGCAGUUAAUGCUGUAUUCCCUGAGCACAGGAAACAUCCAUCAUGUCGUACCAAGUCUGUAAGACUCCUGUUUUAUAAUUUUCUUUUUUAAUGCAAAUGUUUCUUUGUCGAAAUGUCAAGAGUGCACUUCCAUAUCAGGAGUACCUGACACAUCCACAGAAGUGUUUAAAGCUACCACGUUGUGGGUUGGUAAGAGGCAAAAAUGUAUUAGAUAGUUCAUAUAUAUGUAAGCAGAUAUAUAAAUGCUUUGACGUCAUACCAAAGUACUUUAAGCAAAGUAUGUAAUUUUAACUUAGUUGUUUUGUUAUUAAUGUAUGUUGAUCUAUGCUUGUCUUUUUAUUUUGUAUACUUCAAAAUAUAGAAAUCACAGUGCUACUGUGAAAUCAUGCACAGAAAUGUUAAGAAAAUAAACUGCUUCUUUCUUACAUAACGAA